CUCACCCGUAGGCGGAGGAAGGCGGCCCUGCAGCGGCCUCGACGUCGACUGCCGCGCCGCCCGCGGUGGGAAGUGCCUUAUAAAGCCGCAGCUCUGCCGGACGGACGGACUCUCGCACCCUGUCUCGUGAGUGCGCGCGGAGGCGGGGUGCGGACCCGGGACAGAUUCCCGACGGACCCCGAUCCCGGGCAGCCCCCAGACCGACUCCGGCUCCGGACAGACCUCGGACGGACCCCCGAUCCCAGGCAGAUCCCGGCGCGGCCCGGACGAGCCUCCUGCCCGCGGGCGGCUGGGGCCGAGGGCGGCCCGGCGGCGGGGGGCAUGAGUGGCCCGCGGCAUGGCCUCGGCGGUGUUUGAGGGCACCUCGCUCGUGAACAUGUUCGUGCGCGGAUGCUGGGUGAACGGUAUCCGCAGGCUCAUCGUAAGCCGGCGCGGCGACGAGGAGGAGUUUUUCGAGAUCCGCACGGAGUGGUCGGACCGCAGCGUGUUGUACCUGCACCGCAGCUUCGCGGACCUGGGCCGCCUGUGGCAGCGCCUCCGCGACGCCUUUCCCGAGGACCGGCCCGAGCUGGCGCGCGCGCCCCUGCGCCAAGGGCUGAUUGCCAUCAAGGACGCCCACGAUAUAGAGACCAGGCUUAACGAGGUGGAGAAGCUGCUGAAGAUCAUCAUCAGCAUGCCGUGUAAAAAGCCCACUGGCCUUGCUGAGGGCUUGAGAAGAGGACAUGUGGGAGCCAAAGGGAGUGUUGGCAUCAGCACCGGCAGGUGGCCUUUAAAUGACAUUCGCAAGCUUCGUGUGCAGUAGUGAUGAACCUGUGCUUGAGUCGGGCAGACCACCUAACUCCUUAUUCUAGGUCAGAAGUUGUGCUCACCUUCUUUGAAAGAUCUCCUCUAGAUCAGGUGUUAAAAAAUGACAAUGUACACAAAAUUCAACCCAAC